AUGAGCAAGAACAGAGGUGCCAUAGAAAUACCACUCACUUUUCGACUUGGCUCUCUCUUGCCUGUUCUCAAAACCCUGCUUGAGCACGAUGAUCUCAAUCCCCAUGAAAAACCAAGCGAGGAAACUGUUGCUUUGUUCCGUAACCUCUGGUUCCACUGUAUCCUAUUUGGUUUCGUCUCUGAGUCGAUGUGGGUUCGCGAAUGGCACGAGUCAAUGCUCAUUAUUGCCAAGAAGACUCCUGUCCUGGUGAUCGAAAGCGCUACAAGCUACCUUGAGAGUGAUCUUGAAUGCAACUCGGUGCUUCGAGGAAGCAAUACAUCCGACCAAAUCAUUAAUCAGACUCGACAGCGCCUUACAGGAUUCUUGCCUUCUCUUGCCUACGAUAUCAAGAGUUUUUCGUUUGCCCAGGUUGUAUUUGCAUCGAGCGUCUAUCAUAUUGAGAUGAUGAGAAGUCGAAUGGGCAACUGUAGUCAUAUUUUGCGCUAUUUUAUGAACGAAGGCGUUAAUUCAAGUCCACUUUCAAAGUGUCUGGAGACGAUUGCUGAUAGAGUAAUAGGGACAUUUGUCAAGGAUGCAUCUAGCAAAGCUUUAACUCAGACCUUGGGAGACGAACUUCCCACCCAGGUUGCUAUUCUUUUGGAGCGAUGCUGUCACCGCCUUAGAAAAGUACACGAGUUGGCUAUUAAGAGCACAGAGCGCAUUGUGAUCUCUUUCCCUCAGAUUUUUGUUGAAAAGAAACUUGUUACGCUAUUGUUGGAACUGGUUCAACUUUUAUGGCUAAGCUGUGAAGCCGAAUACCGUGAAGAGUAUUCUCCUCAAUACUACUUUACAUCUAAGAAAGUAGGCGUGACUUUAGAAUUGGGAGAUUCUUAUAGUUACCGUAAAGAGAUAUGCAGUCGCUUAUAUGAGAGUGCAAAGAAAUGGCUACUAAUUGCCAUUGAUCGGGCUCCUCUUGAAACAAGUGGUCUUUUACAAGAUUAUAUGUCUGAUUUCGAUCGUUUUGGAUCAGGCGGCAUCUUUGAUACUGCACAUCUUGGUCGCUCGUUGGCUUUGGAAAUCGGAAGAAUCUCUUCCAAGAGUCAGUUAUCACUCGGGUUUGCUCCUAAAAUAUCUUCAAUCUCACUUGAUGACUCUUCAAACUUUGUUGAUGGGUUUGUCUCCAAGCAAUUCUAUUCUGGUGAAGUAAGCGGUAUUGAAUACUCUGCCAAGACCAAAAGCCAAUUUGGCAUCUUAUCUGAGCCUACUCCGACUACUGGUAUUAAAGAUGAACUGGAAAGUGUACUCUCUUUCCUCAGUUUUUUGGCCAACGAUGUGAAACACAAGAAAAAGGUUGCGAGUGAACGCUUGAAUAGAUCAUUGAAGCGGGCCGCUGGAUAUGCAAUUGCAAUGCCGGAAGUUCAUCCUGAGCUGUUACGAUACCUUGUUCGUAUUCCAGUUGAGAUGUUUACACCCGAGUCCUUGGAUAUCGGUACAUCGGUUUGGAACUGGAUUUUGGUCAAAAGACCAGAUAUGGAGAAACGGUUGAUGGUAGAAAUGCUGAGCAUGUGGAGUUGGGCUCAGCGCCAUCGCAAGGGUUUGUUCUCGCCUUUGUUAAACUCCAAGAAUCCUUUUGUUGUCAAGAUGUCUUACGCUCCUUCCGAUAACGCUGUCCGGGAACGUGAACACAAAGCAGCGAUGUUGAUUUUCUCUCCUCACAACAGCUGGAUCAAAUUCCUUAGUAGUCGUUUCUAUGCUAUUCGCCACCGUAACAAGCACUUGGUCAAUAUGCUUGUGAGACUACUGCAAGAGUCAUUCAAUGAUGCUGAUCUUAUGAGCACCCAUCCUUUGUCUCGGUAUACCCGCUUCCAACUGUUGCGCCUGGGAAUGAAGAUUCUUCGUUCCACUCGCAUGGAAGCACUUGCUGAGCAUAAGUUUAGAUCCUUGGUCUAUGAUGCUUCCUUCCAAUGGUUCUCAUUUGAUCCAAAAUGGCACUUUGGCGCUCGUAGAAGCUUGGCUCUUAUGGAACACAAACUUCUCAAUGAUUUCUACAACGCUGUUUCUACCGACACUCCGAACCUCACCUACCUUGUCACUAGUGUACCUAUGAAGACUUCAAACUCCAAGGUCUCGUCUGACAAGACCAAGGAUGAUGUUGUUCGCCAACAUCAACUUUCCAAGAAGCUUCUUAUGCUUUUCUUGGAGAGUGAACUUGUCAGACUCUCAGUUUGGUGCAAUCCAAUGAACGAAACUAGUGUCGGAUAUCCAGCAACAAUUGUUAGCAACACUGAAAAGUCUAUGGUUACAGAUGAUGUUUGGAAGGACAUGGUACACUUUGCUUGGACAAUCUCGCCUCGUCUGGCUGUUCAGAUGGACAGCCGAUUCGUACAGCCAAUUGUACACAGAGAACUUCACCAUUUGAUUGCAAACAAUACGCUUGAUGUUGUAGAUAUUCCUGAAGCCUUGGUAAUCCUUUUGGGUGAAAGAUUGGUGCCAGGCUCCAAGUUAGAUCUCAAAUAUCUCCAGUACUGGGCACCUGUUCCUGCUAUUACAGCCACAAGCUACUUUUUGCCAACUUACAAUAACCACCCGUUGAUUCUUCAGUACGCAAUGCGUAGUUUGGAAUAUUAUCCAGUCGAUACCGUAUUUUUCUAUAUCCCUCAGAUUGUACAAGCCUUGAGAUUUGAUGAUUUAGGAUACGUUGAGAAAUAUAUUAUGGAAGCAGGUCAAGUGUCACAGUUAUUUGCUCAUCAGCUUAUCUGGAACAUGAAAGCCAACUUUUUUGUGGAUGCUGACAAGGAUUGUCUCAGGCCUGAUUCUCUCAAGCCUACUCUGGAAAAGAUUAUUGAAAAUUUGGCUGGCUCCUUUACUGGUGAGGAUCGUGAGUUUUAUGAACGUGAGUUCAAGUUCUUUGGAGAAGUCACAGCAAUCUCUGGAUACCUUAAGGAGUACAUCAAAUUCGGUCAGAACGAGAAGAAGCCUUUGCAAAAGAAACGACUGGAUGAGGAAAUUGCAAAUAUCGUGGUAGAUAAGGGUGUUUACUUGCCUAGUAAUUCGGAUGGUCGCGUAAUUGACAUCAACCGAAAAUCUGGUAGACCUCUUCAGAGUCACGCCAAGGCUCCUUUUAUGGCUACAUUUGAGAUUGAAAAGGAUGUCGAAGUUGAUCCCAUUGCAAACUCGUUGCUGAGCGAGGAAGAACAACAAAUGAACAAAUCAAUGACGAUUAAGGCCUGGCAGGGUGCUAUUUUCAAGGUUGGAGACGACUGUCGUCAGGACGUGCUUGCCCUUCAGUUGAUUGCCGUAUUCAAAAACAUAUUUACGUCUGUGGGUUUGGAUCUGUACGUCUACCCUUACCGUGUAGUGGCGACUGCUCCUGGCUGUGGUGUUAUUGAUGUGAUUCCCCGUUCUAUUUCGCGUGAUCAGCUCGGUCGUGAAAAGGUCAACAAUAUGUACGAUUACUUUGUGGCCAAGUAUGGUGGACCGGAAUCCAUUCACUUCCAAAAGGCACGAACCAACUUUGUUCAGAGUGUUGCAGCCUACUCUGUGAUUUCAUAUCUGUUACAGAUUAAGGAUAGACAUAACGGAAACAUCAUGUUGGAUGACGAUGGUCAUAUAAUUCAUAUCGAUUUUGGUUUUAUCUUUGAUAUUGCUCCUGGAGGCAUUACCUUUGAAAACUCGCCUUUCAAGUUGACGACAGAAAUGAUUCAGGUUAUGGGUGGAACUCCAGAACAAGGUUAUAAAAAGUUCUCGGAAUUAGUUAUCAAAGCCUAUCUCGCCUGCCGACCUUACGCUGAAUUAAUUAUGCAACUGGUUAGUCUGAUGCUCCAGUCAGGCUUGCCUUGCUUCAAGGGAGAAACAAUCAAGCGAAUGAGAGGACGUUUCCAGUUGGAUAAGUCUGAACGUGCUGCUGCUGACUUUAUGACAAUGUGCAUCCAAGUCUCAUCCGAGAAUCAGCGAACAGUACUUUACGACAGAUUCCAAAAGCUUACCAAUGGAAUCCCCUUUUAA